UUAGCAUGACAAUGGUGUGUGAGUGCUGGAAGGCCAGGACUUCAUUCGGUCACUGCAGCUCAUGCUCCCUCACCUCCAAACACUCCACUCUCCACCUCCGUCAUUGUUGCCUUCCUCUCAGCCCCUCUUGUUCUCUAACUUCCUCCUGGCAGAAGCUGCUGACGGCAUGGAGAAUAGGCACACCUUCCUGUACUUUGCAUACGGCAGCAACCUGCUGAAGGAGCGGCUGCAGCUGAAGAAUCCCUCCGCCAUGGUGCACUGUGUGGCCCGGCUCAUGGACUAUAGAUUGGUGUUUGGGAACUAUAAAGGCCUGGCCAGUGACCGGUGGCAUGGAGGUGUGGCCACCAUCGAGCACAGCCCAGGGGACGAGGUGUGGGGCGUGGUGUGGAGGAUGAGCAUGUCUGACCUGGAGUCUCUGGACAGUCAGGAGAAUGUGACGUUAGGUGCGUACAGUCCUGUGGAGCUCUCAGUGAAGACAAAAGGCCAGGAGCUCAACUGUCGUACGUACAUAAUGAACAGCUGUGUGUACGCCCCACCCUCGCCCCAGUACCUGCAGGUGAUUGUAAUGGGAGCGGAGCAGAACGGUUUGCCAAAGGACUACCAGGAGAGGCUGAGAGCCAUCAAGACCAACAUGUACGAGGGCCCUCUGCCCAUGAUGGCUGAACUGGAGCGAGCCAGAAGGAGAGCCAAAGAGAGGGAUAACCACUGUUCCGAUGCCUGAUAAUCCAGCAGAGUCCAGCUCCACUUUUUACCAAAGGAAAGUCCUCGUAACACUGUAUGCCACCCUUUAUACUGGAGCUUCUUAAAGGUGCUCUAAGCGAUGUCACGCGUUUUUUUAGGCUACAACAUUUUU